AUGGGCGCCGAUGAUCUGGACGUGAAGGGUAUCGUGACGCGUAUGCUGCAGGUCGGCACGCCCGACAAGGGGAUGACGAAGACGAUCAAGGAGGAGGAGCUCAUCAAUUUGUGCACGCACACGAAAGAUCUGUUCAUGUCCCAAUCCCCGUUCGUCGAGAUCGACCCUCCGGUCCGGAUUUGCGGCGAUACCCACGGACAGUACGGCGAUUUGCUCAGAAUUUUUAACAAGGGCGGCUUCCCGCCGACGUCGAAUUACUUGUUCCUGGGUGAUUACGUCGAUCGGGGCAAGCAGAACCUGGAGGUGAUCACGCUGCUGUUCUCCUACAAGAUCCUCUACCCGAAAAACUUCUUCCUGCUGCGCGGCAACCACGAGACGGCCACCGUCAACCGGGUCUACGGCUUCUUCGAGGAGUGCCAACGGCGCUACAACUCCACCAAGCUCUGGCAGGCCUACCAGGACGCGUUCGACUGCAUGCCCCUCUCUGGACUUGUCGGUGACGCCAUCCUGUGUAUGCAUGGCGGCCUGUCGCCGAUGCUCACCAACCUCGACCAGUUGCGCAAGAUCAAACGACCCACCAACGCCGGCCAACCCUCAAUCGAGCUCGACCUCCUGUGGGCCGACCCGGCGCUCGGGCUCUCCGGUUUCCAGCCGAACAUGCGCGGCACGUCCGUCUGGUUCGGCGCCGACGUCGUCAAGGAGAAGUGCAAGGAGCUGGGCGUGGAUUUGAUCGCACGUGCCCACCAAGUCGUGCAGGAUGGGUACGAGUUUUUCGCCGACCGGAAGCUGGUGACCGUCUUCUCGGCACCGCACUAUUGUGGACAGUUCGACAACGCGGCCGCUGUGAUGAUGGUCAAGGAGGGAUUGGAGUGCUCUUUCGAAGUGUUCCGCCCGACAAUCGGCAAAGCAGCCCCCAAGAUCAUCCCGACGACAAUCCCGGAAGAGCAC